CCCUGAAUCGAUUCACAUUUGAAUUUGAGAGUUGGUUACUUGGUUCUAACUCUUGCUCCAGAGGAUCAAAAUGACCAUGAUUACAAAUGAAAAGAAGAAAGAAUGAGAAAAUAAAUCAGACAGAGAAGAAGCAAAACUGAAGAAGACGCACAUGAUGAUGACUGAUGACUGAUGAAGGGGGGAAUUCUCUCAACUACCUGUAAUUCUUUUUCUUUUCUUGGGAGCGGGGGAGCAAGCCAGAGAAGCCAAAAAAAGUAAAGAAAUUCCAUAAAAGGGAAUCAAAGACAACAGCAGAACCAACCCAACCAAACACCAGAGCAGUGUGGCAGAGCGGCAGAGGAGGGGGGAACUGAGAACUGGGAAGAAAGAAGGGGGGGUCGGUAUUGGUGCCAGGCCAACCGAGUCCGGGACCCACCUCCGAUCCACCUAGGGUUCCAACUUUUUUCUUUUUUCUUCCACUUUUCUUCUAUUGGCUUUUCUCGUCUUUUUUUUUCUCUUUCCACCUUCGUCUCGUCCCUCCCUCCAUCCCUUCAUACCUGUCAAGUCUGUCAUCUCUCUCUCUCUCUCUGGCUGGAUGGGUUCCAAGCCAUGGCUGUACCCAGCUCCGACCUACCGUUCUGUCGAGACGAGCUGGGAAACAGACGAGGAUGCACCUGGACCACGCUGUGCACACACGCUUACUGCCGUCGCUGCCACCAAAACUCACGGUCCUCGCCUUAUUCUCUUUGGUGGAGCCACUGCGAUCGAGGGUGGCGGUCCUUCAGCUCCUGGAAUCAGGCUGGCGGGUGUGACCAGUUCAGUUCAUUCUUAUGAUGUUCUUACCAGGAAAUGGACUAGGAUCCGACCUGCUGGGGAGCCACCUUCACCUCGGGCCGCACAUGCUGCAGCUGCUGUUGGCACUAUGGUUGUUUUCCAGGGUGGCAUAGGUCCUGCUGGGCAUUCCACAGAUGAUCUUUACGUGCUUGACUUGACUAAUGAAAAAUUUAAGUGGCACAGGGUUGUUGUUCAAGGCCCAGGUCCCGGGCCUCGCUAUGGCCACGCAAUGGACUUGGUUGGUCAAAGGUAUCUCGUCACUGUUAGCGGCAAUGAUGGCAAGAGAGUUUUAUCAGAUGCUUGGGCUCUGGAUACUGCACAAAAACCAUACAGAUGGCAGAAACUCAACCCUGAAGGAGAUAGGCCUUCUGCUAGAAUGUAUGCAACUGCUAGUGCCCGUUCGGAUGGUAUGUUUUUGCUUUGUGGUGGAAGAGAUUCCUCGGGCAUGCCACUGGGGGAUGCUUAUGGAUUGCUCAUGCAUAGGAAUGGUCAAUGGGAGUGGACACUUGCACCUGGGGUGUCUCCUUCCCCAAGGUACGAACAUGCUGCGGUUUUUGUUGGUGCUCGAUUGCAUGUGACAGGUGGUGCUUUGAGGGGAGGACGACCAGUAGAAGGUGAAGCAUCUACUGCAGUCUUGGACACUGCUGCUGGAGUAUGGCUGGAUAGAAAUGGGAUUGUGACUUCAUCCCGAACAAACAAGUCUCCCAAUGAACAUGAUGCUUCAUUGGAACUUAUGCGCCGUUUCCGCCAUGCAUCUGCAUCAAUAGGAGUUCGAAUAUACAUUUAUGGAGGUCUCAGAGGAGAUAUGCUGCUGGAUGAUCUUCUCAUUGCAGAAAAUUCACCAUUUCAGUCUGAAAUUAACUCGCCUAUAUUAAACUCUGAGAAAGUAUCACCUAUGGUGAGUGCAAAAACAAAUCAAUCAAGUGCAAGUUCUUAUGUAUCACCACCUUCAGAUGGCAGAAUGGAGAUUCCUUCUGGUGGCUUAAGCAUGGACAAGAAUUCUAUUGAGAAGUUGGUGGCAGCUUCAACUGCUGAAGCUGAGGCUGUCAGUGCUGUCUGGCAAACCAUGAAGUUAACAUCUGCAGUUCCUGUAGAAGAAGCACCUGUGUCAGAUAGCAACUUGAAUGUCCCAGAGCACUCCUCAGAUGGUAGUGAUAACGAGGCUGAUGUCCGCCUUCACUCUAGAGCUGUUGUGGUUGCGAAAGAGACUGUUGGCAACCUAGGGGGUCUGGUAAGGCAGCUGUCCUUGGAUCAGUUUGAAAAUGAGAGCAGACGAAUGGUCCCCACAAGCAGUGAUCCAUCAUAUCCUACUAAAAAGUUCUUCACUAGACAGAGGUCCCCUCAGGGGUUGCAUAAGAAGAUCAUUUCUUUUCUACUUAGGCCACGGAACUGGAAAGCUCCUGCUAAUAGGAGAUUUUUCCUAGACUCUUAUGAAGUGGGUGAGCUUUGCUAUGCUGCUGAGCAGAUCUUCAUGCAAGAGCCAACAGUUCUGCAAUUGAAGGCUCCAGUUAAAGUAUUUGGUGAUCUUCAUGGACAGUUUGGUGAUUUAAUGCGCUUAUUUGAUGAAUAUGGAUUUCCUUCAACUGCUGGAGACAUAACGUAUAUUGACUAUUUGUUUUUGGGGGAUUAUGUUGAUCGCGGACAGCACAGCUUGGAGACUAUAACCUUACUUCUAGCUCUUAAGAUUGAAUAUCCUGAAAAUGUUCACUUAAUCCGUGGGAACCAUGAGGCCGCUGACAUAAAUGCACUUUUUGGUUUCCGUCUCGAAUGCAUUGAGAGAAUGGGAGAGAGUGAUGGGAUAUGGGCAUGGACACGAUUCAAUCAGCUUUUCAACUUUCUUCCACUUGCCGCACUUAUUGAGAAGAAAAUUAUCUGCAUGCAUGGUGGCAUUGGAAGGUCGAUCCACUCUGUAGAACAAAUAGAGAAACUUGAAAGACCUAUAACAAUGGAUACAGGGUCUAUCAUUCUAAUGGACCUUCUAUGGUCUGAUCCCACAGAAAAUGAUAGUAUAGAGGGUUUGAGACCAAAUGCUAGGGGACCUGGUCUUGUCACUUUUGGACCUGAUCGAGUCACAGACUUCUGCAAGAAAAAUAAACUACAGCUCAUUAUAAGAGCACAUGAAUGUGUGAUGGAUGGCUUCGAACGGUUUGCUCAGGGACAGUUGAUAACUCUAUUUUCUGCAACCAACUACUGUGGGACGGCAAACAAUGCGGGAGCUAUACUGGUUGUUGGUAGGGGAUUGGUUAUAGUUCCAAAAUUGAUUCAUCCUUUACCACCUCCUCUUCAGUCACCAGAAACAUCUCCAGAACGCGUCUUAGAUGAAACAUGGAUGCAGGAACUUAACAUUCAAAGACCCCCAACUCCAAUUCGGGGUCGCCCACAGCCUGACCUUGACCGAAGCUCACUUGCAUAUAUAUAAUGGGACGCAAACAGAUUCCUUUUUGAAGUAUCAUAUAUUAUGGUGCUUCUUAUUUGAUGCGGAAACCAUACUUCCAUCUCCAGCUCAGCCAAGCUCAAAUCUGACAAAUUUGGGUACAACGGAGCUAUUCUGCAGUAGCUGUUGUAACUUACACUGAAAAAUACAAGCAUCAGAAGAUGAGCCCUUAUCUAGUUUACACAGAUUGAGUAUUAGAAGAGCUAGCUUUUUUCCAGUUGGCGAUCAUGAUCCAUUCAUCAAAUUGUUCGUGUAAUAUUUGUACAAUCUGAAACUUGCAAAAGAUGGCGUUGAACAUUUUUCCGGCCAAUGGAGGAAGUAGGUAAAUGGACCAGAUAAACUGAACAUUUAGGUAGUUUACUCCUAUGUAAAUUACUUGUGUUCCAUUUGAUGUAUUAUAUUAUUGUCCAUUUUUGUUAGAUGAGGUUAUCCGGUUAUACAGGAUUACGUGCAAUUUACGGUUUCGAACCCCUUAAUGGAAUAAUGAUUAAUUUGGUAAUGAAAAGUGGGUAUUGCGGCAGUUUUUCCCA